AUGCUUGGCUUAGGAGCGUAUGAAAGCAGCAGUGACGAAGAGGUGGAAAACAAUUUGCCCUCAGUACAAUCGAAGAAGAUCGCAAGCCAGCAAGCACAGCCACAAGAAGUGACAAAAGCUACAGCAGAAAUCGCCAAUGUAGCCACACCAUCAAAAGAGAUACCUGUUCCAAACACAGACAGGCCUGUUCUUGGGCCGACGCAUGAAGGCUCACAAAAUCCGCAAGAGCAACCGGCCGAACAUUCACAAGUCUUCUCAGCGGACCGAACAUUGAUCCAUGACCUAACACUUCCUCCGAUACCAAACUUAGACAUCCCACCAUCUCCCCCGGGCUCUCCUAACCCUGCAGCAAAUGCCAAAUUCGCACACUUCUUGACCCUAAAGAAACAGGGCAUGCAUUUCAACGAAAAGCUCGCCGGGUCUACAUCCCUCAAAAACCCCAGUUUAUUGAAGAAGAUGAUGGACCAUGCCGGCAUUGAUGAACAAGCACAAUAUCACACAUCUCUACCACCCGAAAUAUGGAAUAUCAGCGAUCUGCCAAGUUGGGGGUAUAAAGAGGAGCUUUUAAAAGCGCAGAGGGAAAUUCAAAAUAGGGCCGAAGAAAAGAAGUCCGCAGGACAGAGGGAUGCUAUCAACUUUGUGGCUGCCACGCCUAGCGAGUUCUCCCGUGCAGGCCCUAUUCCUGGUUCAAGGCCAAAACAAAGGUAA